UAUCUACCACUUACCCUCUUGAUAUUCUGGUUGCUGUCCUUCGUUUAUCAGCAUUCUGCCUUUCCCUUGCGGCUUUAAUCUCCCUCAAUCGGUCGUUCUAAUAUUGUGAUAUAUUCUUGACUUACAUUAAUACCAUUGAUUAUUGCUACCAGCAGGACACCUCUGUUAUCUAUAUCCUAUAUGAGCUAUUGGUCUCUUCCAGGACCUGUAUAGUAUUACUAGAACAUAUCUCGUAUAUUUCGCAAGAGACGAAACAUGGAUUCGCCUCAAUAUCAGGAGCUUGGACUUGUGUCUCAGGAGCAACAGCCGACCGAUCACGAAAACGUGCGAGCGACUUGGAAAUUCCUGGCGGGCUUAUCGUCGAACUUGAUGCUGGUGGGGUUUCUCGUCAUGCCUCUAGCAUUUGAAGACGCCAAGGAUGAUUCUCGUGGAGACAAGACAGGCACAGCUGUAGCAGCAUUGGCAUUAAUCGGAAAUGCAUACCUUCUGUCGCUCAUCUUAAUCGGCGCCCAGUAUCGUAAGCGUACAUACUUGAUUCAUUCUGUCUUCCUACCUUGUCUAUUCUCCAACCUCCUCGGGCUGUUGAAUGUCGUUCUUCAUAUUUUCUGUCGAAAGUUACUCCCCAUCGGCCGAUUGGCAACAGUGGGCAUGGUUCUUGCCUCUAUAUUCGCAGUCGUCUACGCGUUAUGCGCAUUAUGGGCAUAUGGAAGAGGCAUCGCCGAUGAUACUCGAGUCGACGAGUCCGACCGUACAAUGAUCCCUUUGACGGAAGAGGAGAUGCAGCGACAACAGCUCCUCCGGCUUCUCCAAGAAAAUCAAGAUAAAAAGCGAUCGAGCUCCAAGGUUAUGCAAAAGACUUUCAGGGUUAAAGUUCCGGAACACAUCAAUCCCGGGAAAGGAUGGGAUUCUUUCAUGCCUCCUCCUCGCGAGAACAAUUAUUAUAGCUGAGUUGGUCAACCUACGUGCAUAUAAAUGAAGCGAGGUGAUGGGGUAAUAUACUCCGAAAUAUCCAGGCUCUUCCUUGACUGGUCAGCGGAUCGUGUUCAUCACUACCAAGCGCAUACCAGGUUUCACAUCUC